AUGCGCCAGGGCGACCUCGUCAUUUUAUACCUCGGCCACGACAACGUGGACCACCUCUACCUCACGCCGGACAACUUCUCCAUCUACAAUUCGAAGUUCGGCGACUUCCACCACGUCGACUUCGUCGGGAAGCCCUUCGGCUCGCGCGUCUACGCGCGGUCCGGCGGCGGCCGCGGCGGCGGCGACGACAAGAAGGGCUGGAUCGUCGCCUUGGCGCCGACGCCGGAGCUCUGGGCCAUGGCGCUGCCGCACCGGACGCAGAUCGUGCAGCCGCUGGACGCCGCCGUGGUCUGCGCGCACCUGGACCUGCGGGACGGCAAGGUCGUGCUGGAGAGCGGCACGGGCUCGGGCGCGAUGACCUCGUGUUUGGCCCGGUGCGUCGCUCCCACGGGCCGCGUGCUGAGCUUCGAGUUCAACGGCACGCGCGCGGCGAAGGCGGCCGUGGAGUUCCCGCGCAACGGCCUGCCGGCGAGUCUGGUGACCUGCGAGCAUCGCGACGUCUGCGCGGACGGCUUCGGGGACGCGGCCGACGCGGACGCGGUGUUUCUCGACCUGCCGGAGCCCUGGCUCGCCGUGGGCCACGCGGCGCGGGCGUGCCGGCCGGGCGGCCGGCUGGCGAGCUACAGCCCCUGCGUCGAGCAGGUCGCGCGGACCUGCGCGGCGCUCCGCGAAAUCGGCUGCGACCGCGUGAGGACGGUCGAGGUCCGCGAGAAGGAGUUCGACGUGCGGCCGAACGCGCUCCGGAGCCUCGAGCCGCGGGCGCCCGACGGCGAGCCCGACGCGAAGCGCCGCCGGGCCGAGGCCGACGCGCCCCUGCCGGGCUUCCUCGCGAAGCCGCUCCCGGACAUGCGCGGCCACACGGCGUUCCUGACCUUCUGCACGCUCCCGCUCCGCGCCGCGGGGGAGACGUAA